UGAACUCCUUUGUCUCAUAGAGACGAGAUGACACCGAGUUAUGUCUUUCCUGUGAAACAGAACUCACUACUUUCAUGGUGAAAUACAUAUACCCAUCUACCCAUCUCUCUCUCUCUCUAGACCUCUGAAUCCCCCUUCUCUCUCUAGACCAUUGAAUCCCUAGAGGCCCAGACUAUUAUCAUCUCAUGGCAGGACCUAACUCCCUUCCUUCCAUCGACCCAAAGAGUGGUUUCUGCUUCGAGACGAAGACCUUCCACAGCAUCAGACCAGCCGUUCCACUCCCACCCCCAACAUUGUCUCUCUCUAUCGCCGACUAUGCCCUUUCUCUCUUCCGCAACUCAUCCUCGCCGGGAACUACCGCAUUGAUCGAUUCCGAUACCGGCCGCCGCCUCACCUACGCCGAAUUCAUACGCCAGAUCGAAAACCUAGCCGCCUCCCUUCAAACUCAGAUCGGCCUCUGCAGAGGCGAUACUGCCUUCAUACUUUCUCCUGCUUGUCUUGAGGUCCCAAUUCUCUACUUCUCCCUCUUCUCCCUCGGAGUAGUCAUUGCUCCUACCAAUCCAACCAGUACUUCAUCUGAGAUUUCACGCCAAAUCAAGCUCUGCAAACCAGUCAUCGCCUUCGCCGCCUCUGCAACCGCUCACAAGCUUCCCUCCCUCCGGCACGAAACGAUUCUCCUGGACUCGCCCGAGUUUGACUCAAUGCUGACGGCGGGGCCGGCGGCGGAGGCUAGGUCCAGAUUUCAGCGGGUUGAGGUGAAUCAGUCCGAUCCUGCGGCCAAUCUCUUCUCGUCAGGGACGACAGGGCCUGUCAAGGCUGUGCUAUUGACUCACCGCAAUUGGAUAUCAAUGGUGGCCGGGAUUUACUCACUCCGGCCACAAAGAGCGUCACCGGCGGUGCUGCUGUCCACUGUAUCGUACUUUCAUGUUUAUGGGCUUCUGUAUUGUGUGAAGUCGGUGGCGGUCGGAGAGACAGUGGUGGUGAUGAGGAAGUUCGAUUUGGGAAAGAUGAGGAGGGCGGUUGAGCAGUUUAGGGUCACGCAUAUGGCGGUGGCGCCACCGGUAGUGGUUGCGAUGGUUAAAGACAACGUAGUGAUGAAGGGCUGUGAUAUGAGCUCUUUGGAAGCUAUCAUGUGUAGCGGAGCUCCGUUCGCCGAGGAGGUUGCUCAGAGGUUUACGGAACGAUUCCCUGGUGUCUUCGUAGCGCAGGCGUAUGGAUUGACGGAAACUACAGGCGGAGUAUUCCGAUCAGUAGGACCAGGAGAAAAAGGUCCGUUAGGAUCGUCAGGGCGACUGGCUUCUAAUUGCGAAGCAAAGAUAGUUGAUCCUUACACCGGUAAUGUGAUGCCUCCUUGCAAGCAAGGGGAGCUUUGGAUUAGAGGGCCAACAGUCAUGAAAGGUUACAUUGACAAUGAUGAGGCAACUGCUGCAACUUUGGAUCCAGAAGGAUGGUUGAGAUCAGGCGACAUUUGUUAUAUUGACAACAAUGGUUUCAUAUUUGUUGUUGAUCGGUUGAAGGACUUAAUCAAGUACAAAGGGUAUCAGGUAGCCCCUGCAGAAUUGGAGAACCUGCUUCAAUCCCACCCAGACAUCAUUGAUGCUGCCGUAAUUCCGUACCCAGAUGAAGAAGCGGGUCAAGUGCCAAUGGCCUUCGUGGUGAGACGGCCCCAAAGCACCAUUGAUGAAUUACAAAUCAUGGAGUUCAUUGCCAGACAGGUUGCACCGUAUAAUAAAGUAAGAAGAGUAUCUUUCAUUGAUUCCAUACCCAAGAAUGCUACAGGUAAGACAUUGAGGAAGGAGUUGGUAAAGCUUGCAUUGUCAGCAACUGUUUCUAAACUCUGAUUUUGUUUCUGUUGAUUUAAUUAAAACAGUACGGAUUCGUGUACAGACGGUCUAAAGAAAAUUAAGGUCUACUUCCAUUUCUUUC